CCUCCUCAACUUGAUCCUCAUCUUUACCUACUCUCAUCUCACUCUCUCACUCAGAUAAUGUGCGCUCACUUAUUGGGAAGAAUAAUUUGUGUUCACUUUAUUUCAUGGUUAACUGUUGUUUACAUCUUCUCAUGAUCUCUCCUCCUCAUCACCAUCUUCAUCCUUCAACACAAACACCACCAAUUGAUUUGUCAAUAUUGUUCAUGUUUCUUCACCAAGAAUGAUCCCUUUACAUCACCAUCAUUUCCCCUUGAAACUAAUCAGUGCCAUUAUCGUGUUUAACAUGUUUCUUUCCUCUACAAAUGGUCGCUUGAUGCUAUUCAAAUCAGCCUCAUCUUCACCAAUAAAACACCGUAAACCACUCAAAGAGUCGCCAAUCUAUUUCAUUACAACCCGCUUAGCGAAACCAUCGUUAAUCUCUUCAAUUUCAUCUUCCAUUUCGUCCUCCUUUUCCUCAUCCAAACCAUCAACUUCACCACCUUUACCAAACUCAAUGGAUAAUCAAAGUUUAAAGGUUCCUCCAAGGAAAACCUAUUCACCUUCAAUGGAUAAAAGUUUACUCUCAUCGGCCAUUUACAAGUUACCAUUAAAGUUCAUCUCCAAUGCAAAGCCAAUCGACAUAAUUACAGGUUUCACCAAACACGGGAACAAUUUCAUGGUCAAGAAUAAGAAACAAAAUCCCAAGAAACCGUCAAAUGUGAUUUAUCUUCCAGUUAAAUACCAUUCAAAUGGGAAACCAAGUAAAGUGAUUAUAAACAAGUUCACAAAGAAUUUCCAAAUGUGAUGAAUGCUGAUCAACUAUUCAUGUUAUUAUAUCAACAAUUAUUUAUAAAACACUAUUUUUCAUUACCAUUCUCAUUUUGGAAUUUUAUAAUUUUCUAUUUAAGAUUAAAAUUUUCAAUUUUUAGC